AUGGAAAAACCYAACCUCACAGCUGUGCAUGAAUUCAUUCUGAAGGGCAUCACCUCACGCCCUGAUCUGCAGGCUCCACUGUUUGGGCUGUUCCUCAUCAUCUACAUGAGCACACUGGUGGGCAACUUGGGCAUGAUCAUCCUCACCAAGGUGGAYUACAGCCUGCAAACACCCAUGUACUUUUUCCUGAGGCACCUGUCUAUUACAGAUCUUGGUUAUUCUACAGUUGUGGGCCCCAAAAUGUUAGUAAAUUUUGUUGUGGAUCAAAAUACAAUUUCCUAUCACUUUUGUGCUACACAAUUAGCUUUCUUUCUUGUGUUUAUUAUUACUGAACUUUUUAUUCUGUCUGCCAUGUCCUAUGAUCGCUAUGUGGCCAUCUGUAAACCUCUCUUCUACACUGUCAUCAUGUCACAGAGGGUAUGUCRUAUAUUAGUGGCAAUUCCAUAUCUCUAUUGCACAUUUGUGUCUCUUCUAGUUACCAUAAAGAUUUUUACAUUAUCCUUCUGUGGCUACAAUGUCAUCAGUCAUUUCUACUGUGACAGUCUCCCUUUAAUAGCUUUGCUCUGCUCAAACACAGAUGAAAUAGAAGUGGUAAUUCUGAUCUUAGCAGCUUUUAAUUUGAUUUCCUCUCUUCUGGUCAUCAUUGUGUCCUAUGUGCUCAUCCUCAAAGCCAUUCUCAAGAUGAAAUCUGCUGAGGGCCAGCGCAAGGCUUUCUCCACCUGUGGAUCCCACCUGACAUCAGUCACAGUGUUCUAUGGGACUUUGAUAUUCAUGUAUGUGCAGCCCAAGUCCAAUCACUCUUUUGAUACUGAUAAAGUGGCUUCCAUAUUUUACACUAUGGUCAUCCCUAUGUUGAAUCCUUUGAUCUACAGCCUGAGGAACARAGAUGUAAAGUGUGCCCUAAAGAGGACCUGGAAUAAGAUACGCAACGUAUUUUCUUGA